AUGGCAGAUAUCGAAGCUAUGUUCCACCAAGUAGUUGUGACACAGGAGCACAGAGACGCACUGAGAUUCCUCUGGUGGAACAAUGAGCAUAUGUCCAAGCCUCCUGCUACGUACCGAAUGAAGGUACAUCUGUUUGGGGGAGUGUGGAGUCCUUCAUGUGCGGCAUUUGCCCUACAACGAACAUUCCAAGAUCACGGCAAAUAUCUUCAUGAGGAGAUCCAGAAGGAAGUGCCACAGUCGGAGAAGGCUGUGGGAGAGAAGGAAAUCCUAUUGGGUGACAAGUUGCCCACGGUACGAGCGCUGGGCAUUCUGUGGGACCUGAAAGAGGACGAAUUAGCAGUGCAAGUCCGAAUACCAAAGAAACCAGAGACGAAGCUGGGUCUCCUAAGCAUGAUCAGCUCUAUAUAUGACCCUUUGGGUUUUCUUGACCCUAGUGUCAUAAGAGCAAAGAUGAUCUUCCAGGAAGACGACACUUCUCAGCGUGCCUAUGGCGUGGUGUCAUACCUGAGGAUGACGAAUGCAGAAGGAGCACAUCAAAUCUCCUUUGUGUGUGGUAAGGCCAAGCUGGCCCCUCUGAAACAACAGACCAUACCCCGUCUUGAAUUGUGUGCUGCAUCGGGGCCUGAAUGGAAUGGAUCUCUCGAGGAGCAGCAGAUGGAUUCAAGGGCCGGCCCAGCUUUUCUCUCUUUAGAUGAAGGUCAGUGGCCAAGGAACGACUUAAAGAUUCAAAAUCUCACUGAUGAGGACCCAGAAGUGAAAAAGGAAACUACAGUACUGGCAACUAACGUAAGUCAAGGACAAGACAUCCUGGAGAAAUUAUGGAACAGAUACUCCUCUUGGUAUAGGCUCCUGAAAGGAGUAGCAUGGAUUAAGAGAUUCCUACAAUGGCUGGUUGGGAAGAAAGAUGGGACAUGUCAUCAAGGUAACAGACUCUUGGCAAGAGAGGUAGAAGAAGCAAGGCUUGUGGUAUUGAAGUGCCUGCGAGAGAAACACUUCUCUCAAGAAAUUAAAACAUUAAAAGGGACACAGCGUGUAAGGCACGGUGAAAUGAGUCGAUUAGAAACCCAUUUGGGCAUGGAUGGCUUGAUCAGAGUAGGCGGCCACUUGACAGACCAAAAGACCCCGAUACUGCUACCGAGGGAGGACAGACUCACGGAACUUAUUGUGCAAGAAAUACAUGCCACCAAGACUGGACACUCAGGCCGUGAAUACACACUCGCGGCAUUACACGAAAACUACUGGAUUCCUAAAUGCCGACGGCUGCUUGAUCGCGUGUUACGGACCUGUUUAGAAGGUGUCCACCGCAACGACGCCCCAUGA